CUGGACCGUUGGACUCCAUCUAGGCUCUUGCCUGUUGAAUCCGCUCAUCUGAUAAGAUUAUUUCCACCCGCUUGCUCCUCUGUCGCCUCCGCCACACCCGCCAACGCAUUCUUCCGUUGUCUUAGUCUCAUUGUUACAUUCAUUUAUACCCAACACCCAACCCCAUAGUCCCCACAUCAUCACCAGAUCAUCCCCACAAAAUCCCCCCGGAAUCCCCUUUUCCUCGUCCCUGCAUUCAGCCCCCGGCUCAACAAGUACGAACAUUCCAACACAAUGCCAUAUCUCGAGAACAGCGAGUCCUCUCCGGACCCCACCCCGCUCGAUGCCUUCCACUGCUUGGUACAAGAUAUCAAUAAGGUCCUUGGUCCCAGUUCAGGCCUAGACUCGGACGACGUCGAUCCGAUGGAUAUCCAGAAGCUUAUGGAGGACUAUACUUCUAACGAGAGCGAAUGGGAACGGUAUGCCUUUGGUGACGCUGGCAGAGCGUAUACGAGGAACCUGGUUGAUGAGGGCAAUGGCAAAUGUAAUCUGCUUAUCCUGGUCUGGAGCCCUGGAAAGGGAAGCGCUAUUCAUGACCACGCCAACGCCCACUGUGUUAUGAAGGUGCUGAAAGGUUCUCUCCGAGAGACGUUAUAUGGGUGGCCAGAGUCGGACAAGGUACAGAAGGGGGAGCCAUCGCCCUUGACUGUCACCAGGGACAAGGUGUAUAAAGAAGGCCAAGUCACAUACAUGUCAGACAAGCUGGGCUUGCAUAAAAUCUCCAAUCCCGAUCCGACAAAUUUUGCCAUUUCUCUGCAUCUCUACACGCCACCAAACGCUGCUCAUUACGGGUUUUCCCUCUUUGACGAGAAGACGGGCAAGUCGCGCCACGUCAAGCAAUCCGUGCUCUUCUCCAGGAAAGGGCACAAACUAUGAUUUUAGCAUUUGUGAAAAGAAUCGGAUGCUCCUUUCCGUCCUAAAUAUCCGUUCUAAAGGGAUAAAAUGGAGGACCAUAUGCUGGUGAAUCUCUGGAGCACCUGUUUGAAGAAACCGUUCUUGCAGGGUGGAGUCUGGAGUCUGGGGUUUUGGAUUUAGGGUUUCGGGUUGGGUUAGCGCCCUCAUUUUUAUUCCUCGUUCUUCAACAGACAGCGCUUUUCCACACAUGCGUCGAGCUAGUCGAGCUACAUGGUCUCGCAACCCUCCAAGUUUAGAUGCAUUCCUAACACGUGAACAUUCAUUAUUGUUAUCAUUAUUGGAGCCGUUGUAAUUCCUCCUCUCCCUUUUUGUUAGUGUUUAAGUGGUCCGCCAUAAAGUUGUAUAGAGUCAGAGCCAACUCCCCUCAUACAGUUUGAAUAUGAGACAUUAAUAAUACAUGUAUUCAAUCAGC